GCACUGUCUGAAUUAGGGAGAAGAAUCGUCUCUGACCGGUGUAACAGUAACAGCUUGUUGUUGUCAUUUUCCUGACGAGCUAGCCGAUGCUAGCCUUUGUCGUAUUUCAGUAAAUAUUGCUAUUUGGCAGGAUGUCAGGAUGGAGGACGUCCCUGCCCUGCCAGACAGCCUGGUGCUGGAAAUUUUUCACCAUCUUCCCCAUAAUGCAGUGCUGAAGGCUGGCCUGACCUGCCACCAGUGGUUGGCGGUCUCCCGGGAUGAGUUCCUCUGGAGAGAGCUCUUCUACAGCUACUAUCGCAUCCCUCGGUCCGUGCCAAGGCAUCCAGCGGCGGUGUCCUGGUACAGAGAGUUCAAGCGUCUGUACGACUGUAUCCCGUGUGUGGAGGUGCAGACACUGAAGGAGCAUCAUGACCAGGUGCUGCACCUGGCCUUCUCCCACCGGGGCCACCGCUUUUCCUCCUGUUCCAAGGACUGCACUGUCAAGCUUUGGGACACAGAGCGUCCGGACGGCACCAUCGCACUGGUGCACAGCUCCAGCAUGCGGGACUUCAACUGGGGCUACACGCAGUUCUCGCAGUUCAAUGCUGACGACACCCUUCUGCUGGUGUCCGGGGUCUACCUAGGCCCCCACCACUCUUCCUCGGGGGAGAUCGCCGUCAUCAGCUUAGAAAAUUACACACUUCUGUCCCGAGUGCGGAAUAAGCCCUAUGAUGUUUUUGGCUGCUGGCUGAAUGAGACCCAUCUAAUUUCGGGCAAUCUACACUGGAUCGGUAACAUGACCUCCUGCUCUGUGCUCUGGCUCAACAAAGCCUUCCAGGAUGUGGAGUCUGAGAACGUGAACGUGGUUAAGCGCCUCUUCAAGAUCCAGAACAUCAACGCCAGCACCAUUCGCACGGUUAUGGUGGCCCACUGCCGGCGCCACGACACGCCGGACCUUUUGCUGGACUAUGAGGCCCAGUCACAGGCCCGCGCCCUGGCCCAGCAGGCUGGCCACAAGAACCAGCACCAGCCGCUGCUCUUUGACCUGGGCGGCACGGACAGCGAGGAGGAAGAGGAGGGGUGUGACGAGGAGGAAGACGAGCAGCAGCCGCAUGGAGGUGUGAGGCCGCUGGCGGCUCACGUGCCCCAGCUAAAGCUUGCCCCACUGGAGCGCGUCAUCCAGGGUCGGUGCAGUGGCGUGACUGAGGAGCGCGAGCUGGAGACUAAAGUGGCCAUGUUGAUGGGUCAGUCUCACACCAAAGCGUCCGAUCCGUCUUCACUCUCCAACUGCGGCGCCGAGGGGUCCGAGGACAAGACCUACCUGCUCUUCACCACCGGCAGCCUUACUUACUCCCCCCACCAAAUAGGCAUCAAACGCAUCAUGCCGGACCAGAUGACCACCUGUGGGCCCGUUCUGGGCGAGGAGCGCAGCUCAGAUGAGUUCUUCGACUCACUUGAUCACGUCAUCGACAUUCACGGCCACAUCAUUGGCAUGGGCCUCUCCCCGGACCACAGAUACCUGUACGUGAACAGCAGAGCAUGGCCGGCAAACUGCGUGAUCUCUGACCCCAUGUCUCCGCCCCCCAUCGCCGAGGAGAUUGACCUGCACGUCAUCGACCUGAAGAGCCUGCGCGAGGAGAGGCGGAGCCUCAGGGCCCACCGCGCAUUCACGCCCAAUGACGAGUGCUUCUUCAUCUUCCUGGACGUCAGCAGGGACUUCGUUGCCAGUGGUGCAGAGGACAAGCACGGCUACAUCUGGGACCGCCAUUACAACAUCUGCCUGGCCAAGCUGCAGCACACAGACGUGGUGAACUCCGUGGCCUUCAGUCCGGCCGACCAGGAGCUGCUGCUCUCGGCCAGCGACGACUCCACCAUCAAGGUGUGGCGCUCGCCCCGCAUGGUGCGCCUGGCCCAGUCCCCGUCGCGGCCCAUGCGGCCCCGCAACAUCCUCGCGUCCCUGCUCAGCCGCCGGACCUCCAACCUUAACACCAACGGCAACGUCAACAUCAACAUCAAUGGCAAGCCCUGACAGAGCAGGCAAGCGAGAGAGAGAGCUGAGGAAGGCUUUGGGAGAAGAGGAUUCCCAACUCACACUCCAGGAGGGUUUGGGGGAGGAGGGGGCUGGUGACGACUUCUUGACUCCAUCCACAUUGCUGCCUUUAAUUCACCCCCACCCCUUCCCUCUGUUGAGACCGAUGCCUCCAACCUCAGUUUCUUGCAAAGGCCCAUGGGAACUUGGAGGACUACUGCAGGUCGGAGCCCCCAUGAGGCGCACUUAAAACAGCUUCGCUCUUACUGCCAGAGGGGGAGUAGGGUGGUGGUGGGAAACAUCUGGCAAGGCUGGACUGAUCUUAUAGAAAUGUCCGGCUCUUGAGGUGAAAUUAACCUUAGGGUGUCCUGGUUGUCCUGUGAAAGACAGGAAGUACUUGCAAGACCUGCAAGGCCAAGGCAUCGGAAGGAUUUCACAGAGCGAAAGACAAAAAAAAUGGUGUUUUUAUUUUACUGCAAUGAUUACAGAAAGAAUAAAUCAGGUGUUCUGUCUCAGAGACAGAAUGGCGGAAAAUGUUCUCAGUUGUAAGGAGAGAGGGUAAGAGAUGACGCAACGAUGAAGUGAGAAAUUUGUGUGGCUGAGAAACGUGUGUGCCGGAUCACUUUUGUGUCUUCACGUAUGCAGGUUUUAAACCCUUCACAAUCCAACAGUGUUGAACUCCACUAACGCGUGCACGUGUGCAUGAAUGUACAUUAUACUGUUACAGCUUCAGGUUUGUUUUACUUUUCGUCAUUUUUGUUUUGAGUUGUUUAUAAUGCUCAAAUUUGGGUCAACACAAAGAAACCACGCAUAGGAUAAGAGAGGAGGAACCCAGGAUAAAUAUAGUGAGAAACUAUAGACACCCCUUUCUGUUCUCAUACAGUCAUAUGGCUAAGCCACGGAAUGCAUUAAAGGCAAUCAAUCCUAUUAGCCUAGUCUGUCAUCUUUUAGAAGUACCUCAUGACCAAUCAUCUGGAUAGGUUUGUUUUUGUUUUCAUAUUCAAUCUGGACAAAGGAGAAACAAUCAACAAACCUUAUGCCAUUUCAACCAACUUGUAGCGCAUGACUGUUGAGUAGUGAAGCUCAUCAGUCCAUCUAGGGCACAACAAAUCUUAUGUUCAUUGCUGUUAAUAAGAUAACCCCGCCCUGUUAAAAAUGUUUUGGUCUUUGCCUGUGUUGUGAAAUUUGCCCUUAAAUCUGUAAAAGCAUGCAAUCAUUUUCCUCGUUUGGUGGAGUGGAGGCUUGAAGGUAAACGUGAGGCCCUCUAGAAGAUCAUUGGUAAUUACAUACCAACUCUUUCAAAUUUUAAGCAAAGUGAGAUUUAAAAAAAAAAGAAAAAAACGGAAAAAAAAACUUAACUCACGUGUAGUGAUUUGGUGUGAGUGACAAUUGUGUAUUUUCCCUAUUUUGUUUUAAUGUUAGAAAAAUAUGUGGCUUUCGGUGGAUUUGGUGAACACCCCAAAAUGGUUUGGUCAAGAAAUUUCUCCCUGGUGCUUUCUGCAUCUUUCCCCUUCUUUAAGUAUUUGUUUCCUCUUUAGCAUGUUUGUCUCACUCAACCCCCAUUUUUUGGUCACUGUCCGAUCCUGCGUACUGAGAAAUAAAAAACCCGCCUGUGUGAUGUUUAAAAUACUUUUGAAAUAAACUAUUUCACUUUUAUCUCA